ACGAAGCCUGCAGGCGCAGUCUCCUCUAACCUGAUCUCAUAGUUGUGUCGUUGUUUAAAGAUGGAGCAGAGUUACACGUUCAGUCAGCAUUAUGAGGAAAAAAUUCGUCCUUGCAUCGACACCAUCGACAACUUACGAUCUCUGGGAGUCGAGAAGGACCUAGCGCUGCCUGCCAUCGCCGUCAUAGGAGAUCAAAGCUCGGGGAAAAGCUCUGUUCUGGAGGCAUUAUCAGGAGUUGCUUUACCCAGAGGCAGUGGCAUUGUCACAAGAUGCCCUCUUGAACUCAAGAUGAUAAGAUCUAAGGAGGCAGGAUGGCAUGGAAAAAUCAGUUAUCAAGAUCAUAAUGAAGACUUUCAUGACCCAGAGAACGUGGAGAAAAAGAUCCGUGAAGCCCAGGAUGAAAUAGCUGGACGAGGCCUUGGAAUUAGUGAGGAUCUCAUCAGUCUUCAGAUCACCUCUCCAAAUGUUCCUGACCUCACACUCAUUGACCUGCCAGGCAUCGCACGAGUGGCUGUCAAGGGUCAACCUGAGAAUAUUGGAGAACAGAUCAAGAGAUUGAUCAAGAAGUUUGUUUCCAAGCAAGAGACGAUCAACCUAGUUGUGGUGCCGUGUAACGUCGACAUCGCGACCACGGAGGCAUUACAGAUGGCACAGGAUGAGGACCCUGAAGGCGAGAGGACGUUAGGUAUCCUAACAAAGCCAGACCUGGUGGAUAAAGGCACUGAGCAGACAGUGGUGGACACUGUGCACAAUGAGGUCAUUCAUCUUACCAAAGGCUACAUGAUCGUCAGGUGCAGGGGACAGAAAGAGAUUAUGGAUCACGUCACUCUCAAUGAGGCCACAGAGACAGAGAAGUUCUUCUUUAAAGACCAUCCUCAGUUCAACACACUGUAUAAUGAAGGCUAUGCAACUAUUCCCAAGUUAGCUGAGAAACUAACAAUCGAGUUGGUUCAUCACAUUCAGAAAUCCAUGCCUCGGCUAGAGGCGCAAAUAGAAACAAAGCUAGCUGAGACACAGAAGGAACUGGAGGCGUACGGUACUGGACCACCAUCAGAACCUUCGGAGCGAUUUCGCUUUUUGAUUGAUAAAGUUACAGCUUUCACUCAGGAUAUGUUAAACCUGACCACUGGUGAAGAGGUUAAAUGUAAAUCAGACCUCAUGAUUUUCCAAGAGCUUCGGGAUGAAUUUGCACAAUGGAAGUUGCACUUGGACCUUUCGGGAAAUAACUUCAACAGGAAGAUUGUGAAAGAAAUUGAUCAUUUCGAAGCCAAGUAUCGAGGAAGAGAGCUUCCAGGCUUCAUCAAUUACAAGACCUUUGAGAAGCUGGUCAGAGAACAGAUCAAGAAAUUAGAAGAACCUGCAUUAAAAACACUCAAGACCACCUCAGAUGAGGUUAGAAAGAGAUUUAUUCAACUGGCUCAAUACAGCUUCAAUGGAUUCCCUAAUCUUCUUAAAAUAGCAAAGACUAAGAUUGAAGCCAUAAAGCAGGAGAAAGAAUUACUGGCCGUGUCAAUGUUGAGAACUCAGUUCAAGAUGGAGCUCAUUGUUUACAGUCAAGAUGGCACAUACAGUCAAAGCCUCCAACAGAAAAAAGAUAAACUGGAGGAAAUAUCACAACAAAAAAUUAAAUAUUCAUCAAAAAGUUUAAUAGGAAAAGCAGUAGUUGGCUCCAGCAGUCACGCUAGCUUAAGCGAGAUGAAACUUCACAUCGAGUCAUAUUACUCAAUCGCAAGCAAGCGUCUAGCUGACCAGAUCCCAAUGGUGAUCAGUUACCAGAUUCUCCAAGAGGCUGCAGCGGAGCUUCAGAGAAACAUGUUGCAGUUGCUGCAGGAGAAGGAUGCUGUAGAUGACCUGCUUAAAGAAGACCACGACAUCGAUCAGAAGCGGAAAAAGUUACUUAAGCGGCAGAAACGUCUAUUGAAAGCGCGCGAUCUCCUCAUUGGCUUUUAGAAUUGACUUAAUAGGUUUGAUUGCAAUAUUUCAAUGCAUAAUGGUGGUGGAGAAACCUACUCUGACAGAAUGAAAUGUAGAAGCAAAUUUGUUUUUUAAAUAGGUUACAUCAUGCGUUGCAGUACGAAACUGCAACUGCCCCCCUGUGAAUUAUGUUUUCGCAGCUUCCGGGGAAAAUAGCUUGAAUUAUAUCCUCAAAUAUUUAUAGAUGUUCUUUGGGUAAGGGUGGGAUAUAUUGAGUGGCCUCUUCUCCAUUCCAAAUAGAAAAUAGUGUUUAUUUUACCACACAGCCUGGAAUUUUAUAAAACAUCUGAAAAAUGUUUUCACUGCUUAAAUCUGUCUACCAGUAAAAAUGCAAAGUUAUAUUUAUUAAUGUGCAGGUUUUUAUUGUAUGUGCUUUUCUUGGGCCUUAUUGCUAUAAUAAACAACAUGGGCUUAUAAAAACAAUUAAACUGUAAACUGUAAUGUCAUUGCAUAUUUUUUAUGGAGUAAUUUCUUUUUUUUUGUAAUUCAGUAUCAGACUGUUUCAAAAAUGAUCUAAACCCGGCAUAUAUGACACUUUACAGUCCUUUAACGUUUAAGUUGAUAGGGUAACUAUUAUUAGUGGCAUAUCAUUAAAAUAA